UGAGCGGCCCACCUGGCUCACCUUACAGCCGCUCUGAAACUCAAUGCCACGGUACAAAGGUCCCGGGAACUAAUCAGUUAUUGUCAGAGACUGCGUCUCUCUGGAGUCACGCAGUCUGCCGGUCUUCAUGUUGACAUGGAACCGGUCCACCGGGGUCUGGGUCGCUGUCAAUGCUGUUUCUGGCUCGCAGUAGUCUUUGACAUCGUGGGACUGGCGGUUCUUCUCAUCGGUGUGUUUGUGAACGUCUUCUUCUAUGAUCUGCUCAUCUACGCGGGCGCCAUCGUCAUCUUCCUCAGCCUCAUCUGGUGGGUGUUCUGGUACUCCGGGAACAUCGAGGUGCCCCCGACGGAGCUGGAGGAUGACGUCGGUUUACUUAAGAAGGACAAGGGGGGCAUCGGCGGCGUGGUGAGGCGCCUCUCCAGCCGCGUGUCCAGCGGCAUCAGGAACUCGUUCCGCAGGAACGGAGCGCCGUCCGGUACCCGCCGUGGCCAAGCGCAGAGGUCAGCCGCCGGGCUGCCUGUUGCUCCGCAGGCGGAACAGGUGGUCGUUGCUAUGGCAACCAUGGGCCCGCAGGAGAAUACCCCGCACAUUGUCUCCUCGGUGGCGGGCUGUGACAUAGAGAUGCCGCACACAACUACAGAGAGCUCACCUACAUAAAAAGUAGGCGGACAGAUAUUUUGUUAUUAGUUUCUUGCAGCACUGAACAGAGGCAAGCCUGCACCACACUGUCCUGAGCCGUCUACACUUGACUCCAGUUGAUGUUCAGGUUUUUUUUUUUUUACAGUUUGUGUUUAAUGAGAAAUUAUUCCUAAUUGAUCAGGAUGUAUGGAGGAGGUGUUAGCAGCUGGACAUAGAUGUCAUGUCUUUAAUCAGUACGUCAGAUGUCUGGCAGCUUGGACUUGGAUCAAUACAGACAGCGUAUUCAUAAUGUGAUGACAACUGCACACUGUUAUAUAAACUAUGAACAGCAUCUUUAUGUCUCUGUUUGUUGGAGAAAUCAUAAUUUUUAUGUUGAAGUAAAAUAAACAUUGUGUUGACCAGAAUAACUGUUGCCCUGAUGGUUCAUCUAAUCACCUGCAGAGUAUUUUUUGAAAGCACCUGUCCUUUUCCAAACUGUUUCCAACGAAGCGUUCCAGGUGGUUCUGUGUUACAAACCAAAUGUUGCGUCAGGUCAAGGUUUACU